AUGGAAACUCCAAGAGUUCUUCUCACUGGUGCUACCGGUUACAUAGGCGGAACCGUAUUGAACACCAUAUUGACAUCUUCACAUCCUUCUCUCAAAAACAUACAUAUCACAGUCCUCGUUCGCCGACAGGAUCAAGCCGAUACCCUCUCCAGCCUCGGCGUCACUCCCAUCAUUUUCAAAGACCUGGAUGACACUGAGUUGCUCACUGAAACAGCAUCAACACACGAUAUUGUCGUCCAUGCCGCAAACGGCUAUCACAUCCCCUCUGCAAAAGCCCUCCUCGCAGGUCUAGCUCGGCGCAAAGCAAAGACAGGAAAACCAGUGCACUACAUCCACAACUCUGGUACUUCCAACUUUGGUAACAGGCCUAUCUCUGGAAAAUAUCUGGAAGAGCCAAGGGUGUUCUCGGACAAAGAUGAUAUCUACGCUUAUGAGAAGUUCCGAGAGGGCAAGGAACAGUAUAAGCAACGAACCGGAGACGUGGUCGUUUUCGAAACAGGUGUUGAAAUAGGCGUGGAGACUUACAUCAUCUGCUCCCCUCUGAUCUACGGCCGCGGAACAGGUCUUUUCAACAAAUCGUCCAUCCAGAUUCCCAUCAUGAUCAGAGCCGCUCUUGAAAGGGGCGAAGCCAUCUACGCAGGCGACGGUCUAGGAGUCUGGGACCAUACGCAUGUCGAAGACAUCGCCAAUCUGUACACCCUCGUCGUGGCCAAGGUCCUCGGCCAAGAGAAGAUUCCUUCAGGAAAAGAAGGAUUUUACUUUGCUAAUCACGGGACUCAGAGCUGGUUAGAUAUAGCAAAGGGUAUCGCAAAAGUCGGCCACCAACGAGGCAAACUCGCUGCUGAACCGAAUAGUGUUUCUCUGUCUGAGGCGAGCCGGGCGUUUUUCGAUGGUGAUGAAGAUAUGACAGAGCCAGCUGUUUGUUCUCAUUCCCAAACCAGAGGAGACAGGAGCCGGGAGUUGGGGUGGAAGCCAUUGAAGGAUGAUUCGCGAUGGGAAGAAACUAUUUCUGAAGAGUUUGAGGUGACUCUGAAAGCUACGGCUUGA